UUGAACGCAAAGCGGGAGGACCUCGAGGUCUGCGUGGAAAUACACACAUCUCUGAACUUUCGUCUGUUUUGUCACGGCUCUGAUCAUUGGCGGUGAUGGAGUUCACAUCCACAGCUGAACACUUGUAUGACAAGUGGAUCAAGUUGAUUGAAAAUGCAGACCCGAGGACAAAAGACUGGCUGUUCAUGCCCUCUCCUAUCCUGCAAACGGCUAUUAUUUUAUUUUAUAUCUUCUUUGUGACAUCACUGGGGCCCAGGAUAAUGGAGAAUAGGAAACCGUUUAAUCUGAAGCCGCUCCUCGUCAUCUAUAAUUUCAGCGUUGUGGCUCUUUCUCUUUACAUGUGUUAUGAGUUUGUGAUGUCAGGCUGGGGAACAGGUUAUUCAUUCGGCUGUGAUCUGUUAGACCCCUCUCAAUCGCCACAAGCCAUGAGGAUGGCAUGGACUUGCUGGCUCUAUUACUUCUCCAAGUUCAUUGAGAUGUUGGACACAAUCUUCUUUGUACUGAGAAAAAAGCAAAAUCAGGUGUCCUUUCUACACGUCUUUCAUCAUUCCAUCAUGCCUUUCACUUGGUGGUUUGGAGUCAGGUUUUCUCCAGGUGGUUUGGGGACAUUUCACGCCCCCCUAAACUGCGUUGUUCAUGUCAUCAUGUAUACAUACUAUGGACUGUCAGCCCUCGGCCCUGCCUUUCAAAAAUUUUUAUGGUGGAAGAAGCAUCUAACUUCAAUACAGCUGAUCCAGUUUGUCAUCGUAACCGGUCAUAUUAGCCAGUACUACUUCAUGAAAGAAUGUCCUUACCCAUACCCCAUUUUCAUCUACCUCAUUACUCUGUAUGGCGUCGUCUUCCUCCUCCUCUUCCUCAACUUCUGGUACCAUGCAUACACAAAAGGCAAAAGGCUUCCUAAAGUCCUGCAAAACAUAACAAUGCUACAGAACAACAAUGACAUACACCUCAAGAAAGAAUAACUGGUGCAGUGUGACAAACCAAUCAGCAGUGACAAUCUACCUAAAACGGCCUUUUGGCUACAUUUUUAUAAGCAUAUUUAUAUGUACACCAUAAAGUUUAUCUUGAUGCCCUAGGAAAAAAAUGUUACUUUACAGACUGUGUUUUUCAGUCUUGGCUGGAUCUUGCCUUCUAACCUCAGCUGGGCAUUUGAGUUGAACUCUGGGUCAUUGCCCUAAGGGGCUGCUUAUGUUUCUACUCAUUUUCCUCAUCAUUUUCUGCAUACUGACGUGUUUCCCCUCCCUGUUUAAUGAGAUGUGAAUGAGUCAGAAGCCUCCCAGCUCCUCACUCAUGUCAGUCACCUCACUUUUAUUGCCAAUUUUUUUUAUUGCUAUAUUUAGAUUUUUAUGUCUACCACGAAAAUUCUACCACGGACACUAGGUGCUAUAUCCGUAAUGCAUAUUUAUGUGCUUUUCACCCUCUACAUGUGACAUUGCGUGAAUGGUAGCAAGUACGGCAACUGUCCUUGAAGGAACCGAUGCAUUGAUCUCAUCUUGCACUAUUGGUGAAGAAGGACUGGAAUUUGGUUAUCUUUUUAUUUUAUACAUCGUAUCGUAAUGAAUGUCUUGGGCUUUAUUGUCCAGGACAGGAGCCUGCAAUUUUUGUAUAAAUUUAGUAUGUUAAUUGACUGUUUUAAAUAUUUAUGAAAUAAAUAAAUAAAUAAAUGCUGUAUUCACUUA